UGGCGACAUGGCCGCGGGUUGGUCGGUUCCCCGUGAGGGGCGGCCCUUCCCUCUGGGUUAUAGGAGAGCGAAGUGGGACAUCUGGGCCUUUCUCGCCAGCGCGGUCGAGGGGCGAGGAAGGGAAGGAGUCUGCAGCUGCCGGCGGGCUGGGCGGCCUCACUCCAGCCUCCCCCCAGGGAGAGGCAGGCCGGGCAGCCUCGUGGGCGGGAAGAGCCGGGCAGGAGAAAGGGCUGGAAGCCCCUGCCGUGCCCUGCCCUUGGAGUCCCCCCCCCCAGUGGGCAGGAGGGGGGAAGCUCCCCCCACGCAAGAGGGGGGCCCUGUAGAGGCCCGGCCUCGCCUCCCUCCUUCUCCUUCGCCUGCCGCCCCUUGUUCCUUAGAAGCCACUAAGAGUGCCUGCCCAGGCCCCGCUGCCUCCCCCACCCCACCCAUCAGCUAGAGCGGGGGGGGGGGCUUUGUGGGGAGAUGCCCUGGCAGGCCUGCAGUGGGUAGGCAGAGGGCAGCCUCUGGGCGGGGUGCCCUGCCAUGGAGCUGGGCUCUUGCUUCAAGAACUACGAGGACUUCCGCGAGUGCUUCAGCGCCUACAAGAAGGAGAACCAGCUGCAGUACGGCUUGAAGAACUGUGUCUCGGUCCGCUGCCACAACCACAGGAACGGGACCCGCGUUCGGGAGGAUGUCACGUUCAUGCAGGUGAAGUUUGGCUGUGUGCAGUCCAGAAAAUACUGCAAGAAGAGAAAACAGCAGCCAAACUUAUGCCCAGCAUAUUUUGUCCUACGGUAUAAUGAGGACUUGGACCGCCUGGUGAUCAGUGAGCUGAACAGCAACCAUGUCCAUGCAGAGUCCAAGGCUUCCUCUAUCAGCUCUGAUCCUCCUCCCAUGACCAGAGCAGCAGCUAAAAUGGCUGGCUAUAAAGUCAGCAGCAGCCCUCCAGCAAAGCUGCGCAGGGAAAAGUCUGAAGAAGAAGACAGCUCCUGGGAAGUGGACAACAGCGUGAUGGUUGAAGUGGACUGUAAUGAAAGUGUGAAGAUGGAAAUGAAUUCAGAUGACUCUCUACCUCCCCCUUCUCCUGAUCUCCCCCACAAGGAAUCCCAAAGCCCUCAGGUAGGGAAAGAGGACCCCUCCAACUCAGCUCUGGUUCGAGUUGCUGAAGCGAUGAAAAACUUCCUGCGCGUGGACAUGGGUUCUUUGGCCUCCAUUAGUGUAGGCAGCGACCAGGACCUAGAGAGGCUGAACUUCCAGACCAGCAAGAUGAAGAGCUUAUUUGUCAAGUUCCCUGAAAGCCUUUUGCUCCACCGGGUGCAGAGUGAGAGGGGCCACAUACUGUAUGCUUUUCUUGUGGAAAGCAAGGACCGUGUGGGGAAGUUGGUUCACUUUGCCAUCCUGAAGGAGGACACACAGGAGAAUGCAAGGAAAAUGCUCUCUGUCUUCAAAGAGUUCAACCCUGAGUGGCAGAAGGUCAAGGUGGUCUUUGUGGACAUGUCCUUCCUCCACCGGGCUAUUCUGCAGGAGCUUUUCCCUUCAGGACAGGUGCUCCUUUCUGUCUACCAUACUGUGCGGCUCCUGGAAAAGAAGCUGAAGGAGUCCCAUGCUUCUUUCUCCUUCAAGCAUAACUUAAAGUUGGCAUUGAAGGAAGCAGUUUUCUCCACCUCUAGUGCUAAUCUGGAUGUACUGUCUCAACAGGUGAAGCGCUUGGUAGACCAAGAGUUGUAUGAGUAUCUUCGGACUCACUGGUUCUCCUGUGAGAUGCUGUGGUACAUGCAUGCCAAGAAAGGUCUCCAUUCCUGCAGCACCUACAUUGACAGCUUGGAUCUCAUCACUCAGAAACUUUCUAACCUCUUUAGCACUCCACUGUCCCUGGAGAUGAGCAUCCUUCGCUUUGUGGAAUACGCAGACUGCUUCAACACCAAAGGCCUUGAGAACUUGAAUCAGGGUUUCUCCCGUUGGGAGGAGGACUGUCGCAGCAGCCUCAUGGAGGAGCUGAAAACACAGGCCCGUCUCCCCGUGAAGCGCAGUUCCAGUAUCGCCUCACAGCAGCUUCCGGCCAGAAAGGCCACAGAGGCUCCCAAGCAGUUUCCCCAACAUACGCCAGCCAAGCCUGUUGCCACCAUGCUGGCAGCCCUGCAAGCGACCUGCACUGACCUAGCUUACCAACUAUGCCUGAAUGAGUGGGACGUGGUGCAAAAGUCCACUCAGCUGAUGCGUUCCAGCAAGAACAAGACCGUGGUCCAGCUGCUGGAGGACACUCACCCGGUCAGCAAAGAUGGCAAGAGCUGCAGCUGUUACUUCCACGGCCGCUACCAGUUGCCUUGCCGGCACAUCCUGUCUGUGCUUCAGGCUACCCAGCAGGUAGUGGAAGAGUCCAUGGUUGGCAAACGGUGGCAGAAGAAGUACCAGCAUUUCUCAGGCUUGGGGGAGAAAGUUCCCGAGUACUUUGAUCAUGCCACAGAAACCCAGGGGGUGCUGGUGGCAGCGGCAGCGGCAACAGCAUCGGAAGAACAACGGGACAAAAUCCAGUCUCUCAGCAAGGAGCUUGGCAACCUCCUGCUGCAGAGUGAGGGGGAGGAACUGGAGGAGCGCACCUCUACCCUCAAGAUGAUUGUGAGCAUCUGGACUAAAUGUUGUGAGCUGCAGGAGGCGGAGGAGGAGGAAGUAGGGAAGCCCCUUCACGUCCGGAAUGUGGGGGAUCUCCCCUUCCUCUGGGUGAAGAAGGAAGAGGUGGAGGUGGCAGAACGAACUCCUGAGUCAUCUGUAGAAGACACCCAAACACCUUUGGUCUGACCUUGCCAUCUCCCAUAAGAGCAUAAGACAUUUUAGGUUUGGAGUCGUGAUGCCUAUGGCCAUGCUCCAGGCUUUCAAUAGUUCUUUUCUACUAAAGAAACUCAGGGUUGCUGCUAGCUUCUCAGCAAUAAAAUGGACUCUUCUGUUCUCCCAUCGAUCGCUGCUCUUUAAGAAGAUGAGCAGGCAAAUGGAGCCAUCGUGGCUUCCUCCUGUCCAGUAUGCAACAGAGCUCUCUCUUUCUCACAUGCACACAUGCUUGGUGCAGGCCAACAACAGGUGGGAUAUGAUGACCUUCAAUUUGGCAGUGUCCGGCUGCUAGCUUGACAAUCAAAGUUCUGUGUCAUACUGAGAGGCUUUAUUGACAAGAUUGUCUGUGUGAGGAGUUUAGUUGUGUAUUUCUUGCCAAAACUUGUCUGUUGCGCGUCAUGCAUAUGUGGAUUUCCUCUCUGCUCUCUUUCUUUGCCCCAUUAAGGAUCGGUCACUUGAGCAAACCUGUCUGGAAUGCGUGUUUGGUUGCUUCAGGUGGGGAGAAUCAGAGAGAGAUGCAUGCAUGCAAGGUUGUCUUCAGAUCUUGUUCAAUUGUGUUUCUACUACAGUGGUCCUGGGGCGGAGGCUGGGCCCCCACUUCACUAGAGCUGGCUGGGCUCCCACUUCACUUCAUCUGGUGGGGCGGGGGUGGAAAUGCAAUCUGGAGUUGGUGCUCUCUUGUUGGCUCUGAAGCCUCUGCUAGCAGUGGCUAGUUUUGCUGCUAUGUACUUAGUCCAAAUUCAUUGUCAGAAAUACAGAUUUGACUCUG